AUGGAAUGUCAAAGAGCGAUGGAAAGAGAAAAAAUGGCAAAAGGCAUGCAAUGCAGAAGAGAAGAUGAAAUACAGUUGCGGAAAAUGCAUAAGAUACAAAUGCAAGAGAAGGAAUAUAUAGCAUCAGUAAAUUCAGAAAUCGAUGAAAUGUGGCAUCGAGUAUUAUUGGAUGAUGUUAAAAAAAAGGAGGAAAGAGAAAGAUUGAAAGCUGAACAUCUUAAGCGUGGAAUGCAAGAACGAAGGCAAGCCUAUGAUGAACAAAUUGCCAGCGCCAAUACAAAGACAAGAUAUGCUCUUAAAAUGGAGAGACAAGAAGACAAUAGAAUAACCGAGAAAAUAAAGAAGAGAAUGGAAGAAGAAUAUUUUGAUACAAUCAAGAAGAAAAAAGAACAACAAAUUAAAAACAGAAUGAACUACAUAGAGGGACAUGAACAGAAGAUGUCAGAACUCAGGAAUAGAAGAUUAGAAGAGAGAUCAAUUGAUCAACAAACAAUUGAAGUCGCUUUAAAAGAGUUGCGUAAGGAGAGGGACAAGAAAAUGGCUAAAAUCAAAUCAUUUCAAAGAGAACAGCAAUUAUGUAUCGAAAAUAUGGAGAAGGAAAGAAAAUUUAUUAAAAAUUUAGAAAUCGAAUGUAAUAAGAUUGUAGGGGAAUGGAAAGCAGAGAGCGAGAGGGAAAACGAUACAAAAACACAAAUGUUCGAAAAGGAGAAACGAAGUAACAAAGAGAAAUAUGCCAGUGAGUACAGAAAAUACUUAAAAGAAAAGGAAACUGAAAUCGAAAAUACAAGAAAAGAAAGAAGAAAGAUUAAAGAAGACGUAAACAACGCUGCUCUGAGAGAGGUUGAGUUAAAGUUGAUGAGGGCUAAAGAAGAAUUAAGGGAACAAGAGGAGUAUAAGAGAAGCUUAGAAAAUCAAAUACAAAAUAAUCAGAGAGCAAUGGAGAUCGAAUCAUUAAAUAUGGAGAUGAAGCAAAAUCCUUUCACACGACCAGCGAUUAUGUUUAAAGAUGCGAUGAAAGACAAAAUGAAUAAGGCAAGAACAAGUACAAAUCCGGUACAUCCGUUCAGAAGAUUAUACUUACAAGCAAAUGAGAGCCGCUCUUCAUUUUCUCUACCUGUUAUAUUUAAAUAA